CCAGACACCAGCGACGAUGGAUGCACUCCCAUGCUGACAUGGCCUAGCAUCUGCAGAAAAAAUGGAGCCUGGGAGUAAGAUCGGGGCAUCACGACUGCCCGAACCCCGCCCAUGGCCUUUUACAAGUUCACAGUGAUCCCAUCGUCCUCGACCCCAACAUCGGCGAGACCGAUCCGCAACGAAAGAUAUCAUAAACGUGCCCAACAAGAUGGACCCUCUUGCGAGCCUUGCGAUGGGCGUGCCGGGCCUGGGGCCCUGCGCGGCCAGCUCCAUCCCUUUCCCGACCCUACGCGGCGCCGAAUUCCUCGGCGUUGAGGCCAACUGGGUCACCAACUUUACUAUGUCGAUUCCCCGAGUCCUUUUCCCAGGGCCUUUUCUGUCCCCAGCCGUUCCCCUGAGUUUCUGCAACGUCACGCUCUCUUACACCCACCCCGGCACGCACGACCGCAUCCUCACGCAGGUCUGGUUGCCGAUGGACGACAAUGUUGUGCCCUGGAACGGCCAGUUUGUCGGCGCCGGCGGCGGCGGAUUCAUGACGGGCUUUCUCGGCAGCUCCGUUGGUGCCGUCGCCUCGGGCUACUCUGUCGCCACGACGGACGGAGGGCACACCGUGGAGAACUUCGAGGACCCGCAGACCUGGGCGCUUGCGAGCGAAGGCAAUGUCAACCUGAACGCCCUGCAGAACUUUGCCAGCGUGUCCCUAGCUGACGCGGCAGCCAUCGGCAAGAGUGUUUCGGCGCAGUUUUAUAACCGCGAGGUCGACCGUUCGUACUUUAUCGGAUGUUCGACCGGAGGCCGCCAGGCCUUGAUGCUCGCCCAGAGGUACCCGCACCUCUACGACGGAUAUCUUUCCGCGGCUCCCGCCGCGUACUGGACCGAGUUUCUGGUCACGAUGCUCCGAGGCCAGGUGCGUAUGGCCGAGCUCGCCUACGCGCCCCCGCCUUGCGAAAUGGCCGAGUUCAGGCGGCGUGCCGUGGCCGCCUGCGAUGGCCUGGACGGCGUCGAAGACGGGAUCAUCUCGGACCCCGAUAUGUGCCUCGACACAUUCGACCCUCGCACAGUCGUCGGGGCCGAGUUCGAAUGCGCCGAGCUCGGCAAAAAGCUGAAGCUGUCCGAGAAAGGCGCCGAUAUCGCCGUGACGGUCUGGGGUGGCUGGAAGGAGAUAGAUGAGGACGGAAAUGAGAAGAGAAUAUGGGAUGGCAUCGGCAUUGCCGGUGGCGACUUCGUGAUAGCCAGGACCGAGUGCGACUAUUCAACUGGCGAACCCGUUUGCAAGCCAGCUCCGUUUGUGAUAUAUCUGCAGUGGCUGCAGUAUUUCCUCUACGAGACCAACCAGCCCGUCGACAUUACCAAAGUCACAACGGCCGAGCUGGCGCGGCUGCUGAAAAAAAGCCGGCAGCUAUACGAUUCGGCUAUUCGCACCGCCGACCCCGACCUGUCCGGCCUGCGCAAGGCCGGCGGCAAGCUGCUCAUAUGGCACGGGCUAUCUGAUACCGUUAUACCCUUCAACCAAACUCGGCGCUAUUACGAGGAAGUUGCGGCAUUCGACCACAAGCACGCGGACGAGUACCUACGUUAUUUUGAAGCACCCGGUGUCGAUCACUGCGGCCAAGGCCCAGGAGGGCUGUUCCCCCAUACCGUGUUCCAGGCGCUGAAAGGCUGGGUCGAGGAGGGCAAGAAGCCAGACAUGCUUCUGGCUCAGACAGAGCCCGACGCGGAUGGUCUUCUGUGGGAACGUGUGCUAUGUAGCCAUCCUAAGCGUGCCAAGUACGACGGGAAGGGCGACACGCGAGCGGCAGCAAGCUACUCUUGCGAGUAGUCCACUGGCUGAGAAUGGCCGAGACACUGACAAGUUUGAUUGUGAAGACGUGGAUAUUACCCAAACGCCCCAGGGACCUUUCUGAUAGCUACAGGUCACCUUCAGGACUACUACUUAUCUGCCACUUUCUCAGGCACCUCCACAGGAACUGACACGGUCCCAACCGCUUCCGGGUGCAUCUCCUUGUUGACCGCAACCGCUUGUCUCCGACUCUUGUCAUAUCCAGACUGGCCAAGUCUUGUGUGCACCAGCUCCUCUGCAUUCUCGUUCGGCACAAUACCCAGCCUGGCCGCCUCCUUGGGCGUAAAUGUGGCCCAGUCGUCGUAGGGGUCAAACUCACCCGAACCGGGCGGGGGAAACAACAUGUUCACGAUCAAGAAGAGGGUAAACGAGAUGCUGAGGCCAAUGAAAAAAGCAGCGUAGUACAGCUGAAAUAGGGCAUCCGGGGCGUUUGAGUACCCGCCGACGGUUGCGACGAGGCCGCCGAUGGUGGGGAUCCAUCCGGCAACCCAGCAGGGGAUGACACGCGGGUUGAAGCCAUGCGUGAACCAGUAGUCGGAACCUCGUGGGCGGUAGAGGUGGCUCAGCUUGACCCGCUGGCGGCGCACGAAGAAGUAGUCGCAAAUCAUGACGCCCAGGAGCGGGGCGAGAAAGACGGAAAAGGACGACAGGACGUUGAUGAAGGUGGCGGCGCGGUUGAUGAGCUGCCACGGCUGCAGGACCCAGGCGGCGACGAACGUGAUGAUUGCGCCCCGGCGGAUAUCGACGUAGCGGGGGAAGACGCCGGCCAGGUCGAUGCCGCCGGCUACCGCGUUGCCGCACACGUUCUGGAAUAGGAUUGCAAAGGUGAAUGCGAGAGCGAGGAAGAAGACACCGGCACGAGAGCCCGACGAGCCGUUGCCGUCUGCAGGAAGUGGUUGAGCCGUUAGUAUAGACUGUUUGUCGCCGUUCGUGGUAGGUAGUCCGACUAAAUUCAAGCCACUCACUGUCUAUAAUAACCAACAUCAGGUCGGGAGGAUUC